AUGGCCGGAACGCGUUUGUGCGGGGCCCCGAAACCUAGCCUGCCCACCGCCUCGAAGCCUACCACACUCACGCCCCAGGCGCGAAGAACCUUCCAAGAGAGUUUCGAUAGCUUCGAAAAGACGGUACAGCGAUACUCACGCACUGAUGAUCGUGAGUUCAGCAACACCACACUGCGCGAUGUUCGCGAUGCUGCGAAAGAGGUUGAGCGUCAGCUUGCUGCGCGACAGUGCAUGCGGAACAUGAAGCGCUUGGAGCCGUUUCUGAAUGGCCUUGAAGCGUACUCCAAAGUUAUCGAGGUGCUAUGCAACGGCACCCCGUUCUUAAGCUGGAUAUGGGUGAGUUGGGACAUCAAACUCUCCAGCAAAGAUUGUGUUGACAUUCAUUUCCUGAAGGCACCGAUCAAAUUGAUGAUGCAGCUCGCUACGGACCACAUCGGCGCUUUUGAGAAGCUUUUAGCAGCCUACAGUCAGAUCGCAGCGAUGCUACCUCGAUUCGAUCGGCUAGGAACCGCUUUGCAAGAUAAGCCUGACUUUCAGCAAGCACUUGCAGUCGUCUACAGUGAUAUCUUAACGUUCCACGAGCAUGCAUACAAACUGUUUAGACGUAACGGCUGGAUGUGUUUCUUCAAAUCGUCCUGGGGCCAAUUCGGAAGCAGGUUCAACUGCAUCCUGGAUAGUCUCGCAAAGCACGCCACGUUGAUUGACCAAGAGGCAAAUGCAUACCUCGUCUCGGACGCCAUGCAAUGGCGUAGAGAAGCACUCCAAGCCGUAGCAAAGACUGAGAAGGACCGGUCAACAUCACAGCUUACAGCAGCACUUGCUUGGUUGGGCCUCGAGACCGUUCCUCAUUGCGGUCAGGCUUACCAAGACAAUUUGCUUCACAGACUCAUCAAUGACUGCUGCGACGUUUCCCAAAUCCUUCGGCAACACUCUGACCUUGCUACUUAUGUGUACGAGGAGUUCGUCGCCGAGGGCCGUCCACUCUCUAUUCGAAGUCUCCAAGAGAUUCUUUCCAACUUGGUCCCACAGCUGGUGAUGCCACGAAUUCUGAUUGAUGGCAUCGAUGAGUGCAUCAGAUACGAUGUACAUGGAAAACCAUGCGAUCUCACCCCCGUCAAGGACGUCCUUGUUUCAAUAUUACAGCUCGAGAACCCAAUGCAGGCUUGUGCGCCGACAAAGAUCCUUAUUGUCAGUCGAGACAUCCUGGAGUUGGUUGGGAAGUUGUCAAAAAGGCCAACAGUAGCACUAGACCAAGAAAGCGAUGCGCUGACAGCCGAUAUCACACGAUACGCUACCAAGUGCCUAGAAACCAUCCGGGAUAGGUUUGCGAACCCUGCUGGUGUCGACAACGUUCUCGAUGAUGUGAAAAGAAACGUGGUGGUAAAAUCCCAGGGUAUGUCUGCUUCUCUAUCCUUUGUGAAUGGCAAUGUGUGGACGAAUGUGUUGCACCGGAUAGUCCGGGCAGAGUGCGAAGAGAUCAUAUGA